AUCUUGUCACGGCCACCGCCGGUGACACCAGCGGAGAUCUGGUUGCCGAUCUGAGAAAGUCUGUCGAGAGCUGUAGCGGAAGGAGUAUGUUAGCCAUGAUGUCCUAACGGCAGGAAUUCGGUUUCAGUAAUACACACCACCCAUUCUGAAUGAUUAUACGAUUAUUCGACUAGAUAAAUGAAGAGAAAUCAAGAACAAUGCUGCUUGUUGGGUAUCCUCAGUAGAAUGGAAAGGGCGGAAGUGGUUCAGUGGAAGGAAGGGAGGACGGGGUGUGAAAGGACAGGAAAACAGUUUGUAUUGAUAUAUAAGGGGGAGGCGGCAAAGGAUACGAGAGAACAAGAAAGAUGGGUCGCCAGGUGGUUUAAACCUCGGGAUCUCGACUGGUCAGUCCCGUCCAGACAAGUUGAUCGGUGGACGGUGGUAGCACUAACAGACAGAAGCGUGGAGCACCCGCGGUGCUGGCUGGCUGCCCAGUGUGGGAUGGAAAGUCCGGGGGCGGCGGCGGCAGGUGAUGUCAGAAAUGCGCCGAGGCACUGCCGCAUACGGUUUAGCGCCAGACAACAGGUGUGUGGAGGAGGGGGUGCGCUGGGGAUCGUUCUCUCUUUUUCACAUGCUCUUCUUUUUUUCCCGUUGAUGAGAAUUACUGCUUACAAAGGGCCCAUGUUUUGGAAUCACUUUCUGUCAGCAACAAUUCCGGCAACCGAGAGGUCACACUAGGAUGGAAAUCAAGAUCAACACUUUGUUUCGAAGGUUCCUUGUUGUUUGCAUUGUUCGUCCAGGGGGGUCGCAAAGGUGAAGAAGCAUGUAUGCAAGUAGGAAUCACAUGUUGACCGAGCCGUA